UCGACUUCACCCUUUGACUUCUUCCUUCACCUCAAAAAUGGACUAUCGGAAGACGCUGCCUCUUCCUCAGACGUUUUCGCAUAAAUUAGGAUACUCACAGGAUGCAAAGUACUUUAAGUCUUUUAAAUCAACUUUUGUUAAAGAAUUCGCGCCUAUAACGAGCGUCAGCUUCUCACCAAUCAGUCCACAUAGAUUUGCAGUGACUUCUGCUACUAGAGUACAAAUAUACACACCACGCUCACAAUCCGUUGUUAAAACUAUAAGUAGAUUCAAAGAUGUCGCCAGAUCAGGUCAAAUUCGUUCAGAUGGUCGUUUAGUUGUAGCAGGUGAUGAUUCUGGUCUUGUACAAGUUUUCGAUAUAAACUCCAGAGCAAUCUUGCGUACAUUCGAAGACCACAAGCAACCCGUUCACGUAACUUCAUUCCAUCCAACAGAGCAAACAAAGGUUCUCUCAGCUAGCGAUGAUUGCUCAGUUAUUUUACAUGACAUACCAUCACAAUCAGCCCUUCAGAAAUUCGAUGAACAUUCUGAUUACGUUCGUACGGCUGCAUUCUCACCUUCUUCUCCUUAUUUAUUAGUAUCCGGUUCUUAUGAUCAUACCGUUAAACUUUGGGAUACAAGAAUGCAAGAAUCUGCAAUGACAAUGUCAACAGGUGGCAUGCCAGUCGAAUCAACAGUUUUCUUACCUGGAGGUGAAACUUUAGCCACUAGUUCUGGCCCAAUUGUUAGAAUCUGGGAUAUUAUGGCAGGCGGUCGCUGUAGACGUGCAUUUAGUAAUCAUCAAAAGGCUGUCACUUCACUUGCUAUUGAUGGUGACCAGAAGAGAUUAUUAACAGGUGGUCUUGAUCAAAUGGUCAAGGUUUAUGACCUGGAAACUUUCAGAGUUACACACUCAAUGAGGUUCCCUGCACCAGUCUUAUCAGUUGCUACAUCCCCUGAUAACAUCAACCUUGUAGCAGGUUUGUCUGAUGGUACAUUAGCUAUGAGAAGAAGACAAGCUAAAGGUAGUGAAGUUGCUGAAAAGAUCGCGGACAAAGAAGCCAUGAAAUCUGGUGCAUAUGAGUACAUGCAGGAAGCACAAUCACUCAAACCUAAAAGCCAGGUGGCUGUUAAGAGUGCAGGUAACUUGGGUUCAGAUGAAUUUAAGAUCGAACCUAUUAGACGAUUGAGAUUGAAAGAAUUUGAUAAAUUCCUUAAAAAAUUCCAAUACUCCGAAGCACUCGACUCCGUUUUAAGAAAAAAGGCGUCACCAGCAACUACGUUUGCAUUAUUAUUAGAAUUAAUCAAUAGAGAUGGUUUGAAGCAGGCGAUUUCAGGUCGUGAUGAUAUAGGAUUAGAACCAUUAGUCUCAAUGCUCGUUAAGUGGAUCGUUGACCCAAGGUUUACCGAUGUAGCUGUACCAGUCGCAUCUGCAAUCAUUGAUAUUUACGGGGGUGUCGUCGGACAAUCACAAUUGAUUGAUAACCUCUUAACAAGACUGCGUAAGAAGGUUGACGAUGAGAUUAAAGUACAGAACGAGUUCAUGAACGCUAAAGGGGCUUUGGAUAUGAUAUUCGCUCAAUCAACACUUAGGUAAAACAACUAUUGUAAUUAUAAUUAUAUUAUGUGCAUGCAUCUUACUACUUAUUUUAUAGACUUUCAACAUAUUCCAUGAGAUGACCAACAAUUUCACGUUGUGUUGGUGAACCAUCUGGAUUCGGUGGUUGAUCACCCAUAUUAUCAGCGUACUCAUUUAGUACCGAUACGACAUCCUUAAACGAUUGACCACGACGUCUGAGGAGGAUUUCUGCAUGAUCCUUUAUACCGUCAUCUUCCAUAACAAGCCAUGCUAGAACGUAAUCUGUGAGUUGCAAAGUGAAUAAACCUGCUUCUAAACGUCCAAGGUAUGCUUCAUCUUCAUCAAUAUCGAUUUCUUUAUCCUGUUCGAUCCGAUUUGUUACUCUAUUUUGAGCAUUCUCGCGGAUUUCAAACAAUCUAUCAACCUUCUCGUAAUUGUUUUCGACAAAUUUCGUUAAAAGGCGUAUUCUUCCAGGAGUUUCUGAACCAAGGUUUGAGAAUAAUGAGACUAGUAUACCAAACAAAUGCUCUUCUUGCUCUUGUACUGAGACGGCGCCAAAUGCACUCUUUUUCUGAGGUAUCUGUUCAUGAAAGCACCAAACAAAGUAGCCAGGCCUUGAGCUUCAACAAAAGCUUCACUGUUGAGCGAUCCAGCUGGCCCUGACAUUGCAUGAUCGAGAGUUUUGAUAGCGCGCGAUCUAGAGAUUAACUUCUCUUGAGCAAUCAAUAUCAUCAAAUCAACACCUUCUGCCUCCUUAAACUGUACUUUAGCAUCAGACUCUGCGAGGAGUGUACAGAGAAC